AUGGAGGAGCGGCAGGCACUGGUGGCCUCCAGGGAUGGGGACGUGGCCACCUUGGAGCGGCUGCUGGAGGCCGGUGCCCUGGGCCCGGGCAUCACCGAUGCCCUGGGGGCUGGCCUGGUGCACCAUGCCACCCGAGCUGGCCACCUGGACUGUGUCAAGUUCCUGGUGGAGCGAGCCAAGCUGCCCAGCAACCAGCAGGCCCACAACGGGGCCACACCGGUGCACGACGCUGCCGCCACGGGCAACCUGGCUGAGCUGCGCUGGCUGGUCCGAGACGGGGGCUGCGGGCUGCAGGACCAAGACGCAUCUGGCGUGUCGCCGCUGCACCUGGCCGCGCGCUUCGGACACCCCACGGUGGUGGAGUGGCUGCUGCGGGAGGGCCACGCGGCCACGCUGGAGACACAGGAGGGGGCGCUGCCGCUGCACCACGCCGCCGUCAGCGGGGACCUGACCUGUCUGAAGCUGCUGACCGUGGCCCACAGCAGCGGCGUGAACCAGCGGACCCGCAGUGGGGCCUCCCCGCUCUACUUGGCCUGCCAGGAGGGCCACCUGCACCUGGCACAGUUCCUGGUGAAGGACUGCGGUGCCGACGUGCGCCUGCGCGCCCUGGACGGUAUGAGCGCGCUGCACGCUGCCGCGGCCCGCGGCCACUACUCACUGGUAGUCUGGCUGGCCACGUUCACCGACAUCAGCCUCACUGCUCGGGAUAACGAGGGGGCCACGGCUCUGCACUUCGCCGCCCGGGGUGGCCACACCCCCAUUCUGGACCGGCUGCUGCUGCUGGGUGCCCCCAUCAUGAGAGACUCGUGGGGUGGGACCCCCCUCCACGACGCAGCAGAGAAUGGGCAGAUGGAGUGCUGCCAGACGCUGCUCUCCCACCGCGUGGACCCCUCCCUGCGGGAUGAAGACGGGUACACGGCGGCCGACCUGGCCGAGUACCAUGGACACCAGGACUGUGCCCAGUACCUGCGGGGGAUGGCCCAGCCGGUGCCGAUCCUGAUGACACCCCCACCGCCACCCUUCCCACCCCCUCCACUGUCCGCAGCAAGACUCUCUGUGGAGGAUGGAGGAAGAGGGGGCUCGCAGCUCAGGAGCCCCCCACCCGUGACUCUCAGCCCAGCCUGGCCCGGACAGCCUGGCCCAAGGGAGCCACCAGCCAGCACAGCCUCCCCAGGGGCCACCAGCACCCCAGCCACCGCCGAGGGGGCAGAGAUGGCGGCAGGGGAGGCCCCAGAGGGCCUUGCUGCCCUGCAGCUGGACGUGCUGCCCUCGGGAGACCUGGACGGGCUGGUGCCCACGCAGGAUGAACUCGGCAGGCCCAUCCCGGAGUGGAAGCGUCAGGUGAUGGUGCGGAAACUGCAGGCCCGCCUGGGCACAGGCCCCCUUCUGGAUCCCGAGGCCCAGGAUGACAGUGGCGGCCCAGGACCCGGGGAGCCGGCCGCCUGGCGCUAUUCCCAGGCCCACCGGGCCAUCCUUGGCCCCUUCGGGGAGCUGCUGACAGAGGACGACCUGGUGUACCUGGAGAAGCAGAUCGCAGACCUGCAGCUGCGGCGCCGCUGCGAGGAGUACGAGAGCGAGCUGGGCCGGCUGGCGGCCGAGCUGCAGGCGCUGCUGCCCGAGCCCCUGGUGAGGAUCACGGUCAACAGCCACUUCCUGCCGCGGCCCCCAGGGCCGGAGGAUGAGGAAGCCCCGGCCCCGGCCGCAGAGCCCGAGGGGCCGGCGGGCGCAGAGAAAACGGGGCCCGGCGGGCAGCCCCUGCCAUUCUGGUGCAGCCACAUCGCCCGCCUGGUACGCAGCUUGUCCCUGCUGCUGACAGGGGUGAACGGGCUGGGGCAGAGCGAGGGGAAGGCAGCUGCCCCGGGGCCUCUGGACACCUGCAGGGGGGUCCCGGCCGGUCCCCCCCGGAGCGACGCACAGCGGGAGAUCCAGGAAUGUGGGGUGAGUGUGCGAACCCUACGUGGCAACUUCGAGUUGGCCCCAGGCCUGCCCUGUGCUCUGAAUCUGGGCCCCGGUGAGGCAGGGGCCCAGCCCAGGCCGUGCCCGAGAGGCUGCUGGCCGGUGGCCCCACAGCCCCGUGGCGGCCCGGUUGGAGGGGAGCCUGCACCAGGUGACACGGAGGAAGCCAGCGACUCGGGCAUCAGCUGCGAAGAGGCCCCGUCGGAAGGGGCGGGGCCGGGCUCGGACCUGGCCAGCCUGCGCAAGGAGCGCAUCAUCACGCUCUUCCUCAGCCACUGGAAGAAGUCGGCCUACACGCCCGCCCUCAAGACGGCCGCCUGCCGGACCCUGGAGGUGCACCGCACCAGGAGCAGGGGGCAGGAGGCUGCCAGGAGCCCGGAGCCGCCCCCUCCGCCCAGCGAGGGGCCCCGGCUCAGCCACCUGUGGCAGCAGCGGGGCAUCAUCACCCACCUGCUGGGCAACUGGAAGGCCAUCAUGGCCCACGUGCCAGCCCGGCAGCUGCGGCGGCUGAGCCGGCGUCCCCAGGGCCCCCUGUCCCCCGAGCAGUUCCUGCCCCACGUGGACGGGGCCCCCGUGCCCUACGGCAGCCUCUCGCUGGACCUCUUCAUGCUGGGCUACUUCCAGCUGCUGGAGUGCGACCUCCCGGCCGAGGAACGCAAGAUGCGCCACCUGCUCUGCUUCGAGGUCUUCGAGCACCUGGGGGCCCACGGCUGGGAGGCCGUGCGCACCUUCCACAAGGCCGUGACCGACGAGGUGGCCUCCGGCCGCCGGGCCUGGACGGAUGGCUUCGAGGACAUCAAAGCUCGCUUCUUUGGCACCAGCCAGGGUCCCUCUUGGGACAUGGAGCCUGGCCGGAAAUUGGGACUGAGCCCGCUCAGGCCCCUGGUCCCGGAGCCCGCGGCCCCGCGGCUGCAGUCUGGUGCCCAGCAGGGCAGCUUCAACAAUGAGGACAUCUGCGGCUACAUCGACCGGAGCUUCGCCUUCUGGAAGGAGAAGGAGGCAGAGAUGUUCCACUUUGGAGAGUAA